GGCCGGACACAGAUGUGGGAAGAUAAAUGGAGGGAUCUAGAAGCAAACUAAAUGCCAGUGGAAAGGAGAGCUACCAUCCUUAAGGGCUGAAAACAGAGCGAAAUCACUUUCCUAAUUAAAUAGCUGUUAAGAACACAAAAUGGCGACUCCUGGAAGGAAGCGAACACCUGUGAAAGACCGAUUUUCUGCGGAAGAUGAAGCUUUGAGUAACAUUGCCAGAGAGGCAGAGGCAAGGCUGGCAGCGAAACGGGCUGCCCGGGCAGAAGCAAGAGAUAUACGCAUGAGAGAACUGGAACGGCAGCAGAAAGAGGAAGAUUCGGAAAGGGCCAGGUAUUCCCACCGGUCCAGUCAUCACCGUCCUUCUCUGGGAGUAGAGGAUGCACUGUCCACUCGAAGUCUUGGGAGUCACAGGUAUGAUACUCUCAAGGACAGAUCAUCAAGACUUUCAUCAUUAAAUCAUUCUUAUAGCCCCUCUUACGGAAUGAAGAAGAGAUCUUCUGGUUCUCGCAAAGACCUCCUGAGUGGCCUCUACUUUGACCAGAGAAACUAUAGCAGUCUUAGGCAUAGCAAACCCUCUUCUGCCUACUAUACUCGGUCGUCUUCCCUGUGCAGUGACCCUCUGGCAACAUCUAAGAGUCACAGGGCCUCUCCUACUGCAAACUCUGGUCUGCUGAGAAGUGCUAGCCUGGCCUCACUGUACAGUGGUGGAUUAUAUAACCCUUAUGGUUCUCGAACUCCAUCUGAAUACAGCUAUUACUCCUCAAGAGCGAGUUCAGCCCGAAGCAGUCCUGUGCUCACUGAUGACGACAACGCAAGCAUUGUGUCUUCCGACCGUUCCAGUCGAGGGCGAAGGGAAAGUGUGGCUUCUGCUGCUGAUUAUUUUAGUCGCUCCAACCGUAGGGGAAGCGUUGUCUCUGAGGUGGACGCCGUCAGUAUUCCAGACCUGACCAGUUUGGAUGAGAAAUCUGACAAACAGUAUGCUGAAAAUUACACAAGGCCUUCAUCUCGAAAUUCUGCCUCUGCAACAACGCCUCUAAGUGGAAACUCAUCCCGAAGAGGAAGUGGGGACACCAGCAGCUUAAUAGACCCAGACACCUCAUUUAGUGAAUUGCGGGAUAUCUAUGACCUAAAGGACCAGAUACAGGAUGUAGAAGGGAGAUACAUGCAGGGGCUUAAAGAACUAAAGGUAUCAGGGCCCGUUCUGCAUCCUGAGCAUGCUCCGUGGGCAGAAGUGUUGGAAUCUUUGUCCGAAGUGGAAGAAAAAUACAAGAAAGCCAUGGUUUCCAAUGCACAGUUAGACAACGAGAAGAACAAUUUGAUCUACCAGGUAGAUACCCUCAAGGAUGUUAUUGAAGAACAGGAGGAACAGAUGGCAGAGUUCUAUAGACAAAAUGAAGAAAAAUCCAAGGAGUUGGAAAGGCAGAAACAUAUGUGUAGCGUGCUGCAGCACAAGAUGGAUGAACUUAAAGAAGGCCUUCGGCAAAGAGAUGAGCUUAUUGAGGAGAACCAGCGCAUGCAGGAGAAAAUAGACACCAUAACCAAAGAAGUGUUUGACCUUCAGGAGACACUUCUUUGGAAAGAUAAAAAAAUUGGGGCCCUAGAGAAACAGAAAGAAUACAUUGCCUGCCUUAGGAGUGAGCGAGACACGCUCCGAGAGGAGCUGGCUGACCUGCAGGAGACAGCGGGGACCGGAGAGAAACAUGGCUUAGUAAUAAUCCCUGACGGCACUCCUAAUGGCGACGUCAAUCAUGAGCCAGUGGUUGGCGCCAUCACUGUGGUGUCUCAGGAAGCUGCUCAGGUCCUGGAGUCGGCAGGAGAAGGGCCGCUAGAUGUCAGGCUACGAAAACUUGCUGGAGAAAAGGAAGAUCUGCUAUCACAGGUUAGAAAACUGAAGCUGCAGUUAGAGGAAGAACGGCAGAAGGGCUCCAGGAACGAUGGUACAGCAGGCGACCUGGCAGGGCUGCAGAACGGCUCUGACUUACAGUUCAUCGAAAUGCAGAGAGAUGCCAAUAGACAAAUUAGUGAAUACAAGUUUAAGCUUUCAAAAGCAGAACAGGAUAUAACUACCUUGGAGCAAAGUAUUAACCGGCUUGAGGGACAGGUGCUGAGGUACAAAACUGCAGCUGAGAAUGCGGAAAAAGUUGAAGAUGAGCUGAAAGCAGAAAAGAGGAAGCUACAACGAGAGUUACGAACGGCACUGGACAAGAUUGAGGAGAUGGAGAUGACCAACAGCCACCUGGCCAAGCGUCUGGAGAAGAUGAAGGCCAACAGGACAGCACUUCUGGCCCAGCAAUAGGGAGGCCACCCUUGGACCUGGGGCGGCUCUUGGGGCCCUGGCCAGACGGACUGACUCUUUUUGUACAUUGUCACAGGCCCCUUUCAGUACUGUUUGCGUUUUGUCAUUAAAACAGCCACCUUUGUAUUUUAUAAUUUAUGAGAGAAUGAAGCAGGUUUGAAUCUUCAUGAAUGAACUUUGGAUUUUUGUUUGUAGUUUGAUUCUAGACUAAGAAUUGGUCCAUGCCGUUUUUAUUUUGUAUUUCCACAAUUUUAGAAUCAAGUUUACCCACCAUUUUCCUCCAGCAGCCUUAGUGACGGCACUCAGAGGCCUGAUGUGGGUUCUAGAAGACAGCAAUUCUGAGUGCUCACUGAGACGCAUGCUGGAGACCUCAGAAAACACAAGUGCCUUCUCCACAAUGCAAUUCAGACUUCAGUGAUACCAGUCAGUGGUCAAAAGACAUUAACCCUAAUGUCAGCUAGCAUUUAUAUUAUAGUGAAAAGAUGAGUUAGUGGGUGGGGAAUCUAUGUUUCAGUCAAAUUUUUAUGCUUGGAGGAAAAGCAGUUUUUUUUUGGUAAAAUAUUUAUAUAAGAAACUGUUAGAAAAAGAUUUAGGGAGUGUAUAUAAAACUUACUUUAUAGCACGGGGUGGAGGAAGUCCAAGGCCUAACACUCUUAAAGUAAGAGGAGGGUCCUUAUUCUUUAAUAGCAACAGUGCUGUACCCUGUAAAGUAUUUUAUCUGCUGCUUACUCAUGGAAUAAAACCUCACACAAGCCCAAAGGGGAAGGGGAGGCACGGGGCAGGCAGGCGAAAAAUCUGCCUGAACUUUCUAUUAAAUACACCCUUCUGCCAACCA